UUCCACUGUAAAUAUAUCCACUGAGAUUUUGUAAAUACAUGUCCGAGAGGCGCAGAAUUAACAAUGCCGGACGAGAAAACUGUAGGCUUUUACACUUUCCUCCACUGGAUGAAACACGGACUGUCAAUCUUCUAAAAUGAAGAACGAGAGACGACCACGUUUUCAGAAAGCCGGUGUAGCCAGAAGCUCAUCUCUCUGAUACUCUCGAAGAAUGAGCCGUUCGUGUUGCAUCGUGGGUGUCAACAUGAGCCACACCUGCGAAUCCGCGGUAUCCAACACGACCGUAGAUCUGGGUCCACUUGGGGGUCAUCAGCCUUGGGAAGUGGUACUGAUCAUUCUUGUGACUGGGACACUCUCCUUUAUCACCAUCUUGGGUAACCUGUUAGUGCUCGUCUCCUUCCGGCUGAACCGCCAACUAAGAACCAUCAGCAACUAUUAUCUCUUGAGUUUGGCGGUGGCUGAUUUGAUCUUGGGCACUGUAUCAAUGAACCUCUACACAGCCAAUAUCAUAAUGGGACGUUGGAUGCUGGGACACCUAGCAUGCGACCUCUGGCUAGCAUUAGACUAUGUAGCUAGCAAUGCUUCAGUUAUGAACCUCCUAGUAAUCAGCUUCGACAGGUACUUUUCUGUAACACGACCGUUAACGUAUCGGACCAAACGGACACCCAGGAAAGCUGCGGCAUUGAUCACACUAGCGUGGGUGGUCUCGUUUGUACUGUGGGCCCCUGCAAUCUUGUUUUGGCCCCAUUCAAAAGAAGCACUGAAGGACAAGGUGAACUGUUCGAUCCCGUUUCUAACAGUGCCUUCUUUAACCUUUGGAACAGCCAUAGCUGCUUUCUACCUCCCUGUCAGCAUCAUGAUCAUUCUAUACUGGCGAAUUUACUGGGAGAUUGAGAACAGAGCAAAAGGACUUGCUAAAUUUGUUGGGUCUGUUGGUAGCAGUCAGGGUAGCUCAGUGAAGGUAGCAAAUAAGUGGUCCAACAGUAAUCGAAGUAGUCUCAGUAGCUCCACUGAGACACAUCCCAGAAAGGGUCUAGAGCUUGCCAGGAAAACAUCAGUUGGGUGUUUUCCAGCAAGACAAAAGCAACUUCCAGGAAAUCUCUCCAUGCUGCCACCAUCAAGUGAAAUCAAUUACAAGGAGGCGUGUAGCAGCAACAGCUGGAACAUUGAAGAUGAGGACGAUGAUGACGCCGCGACGUCUUCGACAAGUGAGGAAGACCAAAAGCAAGAUCACGUAGCAAUGUCACGGUCUGCAUCAAAUCCUGCAGUGAUCAAGCUGAAGGACCUGCAUGUAGCGUCAGAGUAUCAACAGGAAAUUCCAGCAUUAUCUGGACAAGUUGUAGAUCCAUCUUCUAGUCAACCUUCCAGACAUCUUUCACUGAAGAAGAACAGACUUCUGGACCUAAGCUUCCACAAACAACCCAAAACCAAAAGGCGUAUAAAUACGAUCAUUCGAGAAAAGAAAGCGGCACGGACGUUGAGCGCCAUCUUAUUGGCCUUCAUCCUGACAUGGACUCCAUACAACAUCAUGGUCUUGGCUUCUAUUUCAUACUGCGUCCCUGAAAAGUUAUGGCAUCUGGGAUACUGGCUGUGCUACGUCAACAGCACAGUGAACCCCAUGUGCUACGCUCUCUGUAACGAGUCCUUCCGAACCACUUUCAAAGCGCUGCUACUUUGUCGCCGUGGAGAUGCCAGAAAGUGGCAAACGAGUCACCAGAGCCGUAGCGUUUCGGUGAGGCCGAACAAGUCAUUCAGCACGGUGUGAUGUGCAAAGUGCGUGUGUAUUUAUGCAAUAACGCAUCGCUAACCCUGGUGUGUAAUGUA